GCUGUGGGUAUGAAGUCUUAUUAAAAUCUUGGCAAGUGGACUCAGCUUUGCACUAAUCCAAAAGAGGUUGACUGAACUAGAUAGAGCAGUUGUUUUGAAGAGAUUCAUAAAAAAAACCUCGCGACGACUGUGUUUCUGUACGCCAUUUAUAUUUUCUGUCCUGGUGUUGUGGCCCACCACAUAUUGGCAAGAACUGAACCAUGGUGAUAACCCGCAUAAACAUUACGCGACGAUAGACCAGCGGAUAGCACUUGACCUUACACACAAUUGCUAGAGGAGGGAAUGACAUGCUGCAGCGAAAGCAGACUUCAGAUAAAUGACCUAACAACUGCCUUAUCGGUAACACAAUACGAUGACAGAAACAUCAUUUAGUUAACAAGUACUUUUAUAUAACAUCGCGGGGUAAAGGCCAGAAUUUUCGUUGCUGUGUUGAACAGACUUGUUUUAGAGACCUCCUUGUGCCAUAAGGAACGCGAGUUUCGGAUUUGUCACAUUUAUACUGAGCUUUCACGCUUUCACGCUUUCACGGAUUAAUAUGCUUUAAAUGCUUGGGCUUAAUCACUGAGUUAUCACUGCCUCUAUAGUUCAGUUUGCAAACAGACGGAUAAUACUUCACUUAUUUCUGAUCUUUGCCCCAAAGACUGAGGUUCAUUCGUCCCACCACGAUGACAAGACGAUUGUAAGAAUGUUUCUGGAAUAUACAAAAACAUGCAAGCUUUUCGUUCGUAUGUUGUUGUAAACAGGCGGACACUGCCCUAUAAAUAAUCGUUUACGUCCUGUCUACUCCUAUCGACCAUUCCAGCGUUACAAAACUUUCACGACACAGUGUGAAUUCAGAUCUGUCCAUCGAUGUACUACGCGCAACUUCAGAGAACAGCGUAAUCCAAUUCAUUCAAUGGGGAAUAUCAUGAAUAUACUUCAUGCAUUGUAACUAAUAUUUCUGGACCUCUGUUUAUUGUAAGAUUCGUGAUUUAGAUGAACUGAUAAUUCUACCUUACUGCGAAGUGUCCUGGAUGAUAUUGCAGCGGAAAUAACAUCACAUCAUUAACUGAACUACACCCACUUUUUAUACUACAGUAACAACAGACUUGAUGCAGCCAUCAUCAACAAGGAAAAAUUCCUCAGCGUGCAGUUACGCGCACAUUCUUUUCAGUUUUAAAAACAAAUGUACUCGACAUAUUGCAUGCUUUCUGUGAUAAAAUAAAGAAUUUUUCCGCAAAGUGUUUUAAAGCAUUGUAAGUUACCCUUGCUAGAACUAACUUUCAUUCCUUAAAUAACUUCCCCACCCACCCGUAAGCUAACAAUUCAUAAAUGAAUAAUAUUUAUACACACGGCAGACACGAUUUCACAAUGAAGCACCGACGAAGACAAAAAAAUUCAGACGUCUGAAAAAAAGAUCUUUCAAGUAAAUUUUUAGCACCAUAAAUUUCAAAACAGCUUACAUAAUUUGUCAUAGAGAAAUUACGCUAAAAACCUGAGAGAAAGGAGUAUUGAUUUCCCAAGAGGACACGAUUACAAUGGGAAGCUGCCAACAUUUAACGUAAAGCGCUUACGGUGUUUCUAAUCCAGAACAGAUCUCUGCCAUACCUCCAUGAUGGCAAGGCGUCGUCCAGUGACGUCACAGCUGGCAGGUGGCGGUUCUUUGGACAAAAAGCCGAGAUUGGCUGUUUGCUUAAGUUUUGAAAUAAGAUACUGGUUCUUGAGAGAGCUGUGAAAUUUCCAUGUUUAAUGGACAAAAUUAUCGCCGAUUUCAUCUAGCCUCGUGUUAAAGAGACAGGCGACAAUACAUCUUUUCCCUCGUUCGCACGCUUCUGUGCGAUCGAGUUACGUGGAAUUAUGCCGCAAACUGAGAACUUAGGACGCGUUUGAGCAGAAGCAAUUCCAUCUGUAAACUCAUUUCUCCAUUCCUAAAAAACCAAUGUUCGCCAGAUUAAUUGCUCUUUAUAAGUUCAGCUCUCCUAUAGGGUUUUGCUUGCUAAAUUUGAUACAGCACUCAUUCAGUUCCAUUCGGGCACUUAACAUAUUUGAGCGCGGGGCUCUUCGAUAAACCACGACCGCAGAUAAGCUUUUCCAUAGCAUCUUUGCCCUCUCAACAAGCACGUUAAAACGCUGUAGAUCUCUGUGGCAAAGAUAAUACCUGUAAAACACCUGGGUUUCAAGGCACCUUCUUAAUAGGCUUAUUGUGUUUCAACUGUGAUUUCAAGCGUGUUCUUUGGGGGCAUUGAAGGAUAUAAAUGACUUUUGAAAGGGUGUAACUUUUAGCGCUAAUGUGUGAUUCCUUUUGAAUAGGUUAUUUUGGUUGAAUUAUUACCACACGGUAUACAUUUGUUUGUGCGUACAAAACUGACUUUUUGUUUCAUGGAUAUUUCCAUUGCGGUUAUGUAUUUGUUUAGUUCUUUUGUAGUGUUGGCUUGGAAAAUCACGUUCAGAUCGUCGAACAGUUUGAAAUUUCACCUUCAGAGAACUUUUUGCGUGCGUUUUUUCUUUCUUUCAUCACUAAGUAAUUCUAUGUUCGAGCAAGUAACCUCAAAACAAGGACCUUGGCUAAAUUACUUGUGUAUUACGCGUAUCAUGUCCCCGAUCAAAUCUACUCUGUUAACAUAUCAGCCAUGCGAAUAACAGUGAUAUCUGAAUGGAUUGUUGUUACUUUACAAUGCGACUUAGAUGCGGGGAAAUAAUCACGGCUUCGCUUUUCUCUCUCUCUCGUUCAGUUCGAGGUAUUAUUUCGAUUUGUUUGGGUUUUAAAUUAGAAUUUGAUCAGUGGCACCUGUCGGUUGGGUGUCUCCUCCCUGUGCGAACAAAGCAAUUUUGUGAAUGUUGAUUACAAAAAUAAAAGCGCGGAAUGUUGUAAAAUGUCUGCUAAUUAAUUAUCAUUAAUUGAUAACACCCUCUAUUGUCAACCCAGGUCCGCAGGGCGCCUGAGGGUGUUAGGCUGUCCAUUAUCAAACGCACUCUUGUAAACCUCCUAAACGAACUAAUGAAAUCGCGACCAAGCACAGUUUAGUUCACCAUUAACCUUGACCAACAAAGAUUGGGAACAUAAUCCGUUUGGUUUUGCCUCUUGUCUGCGGCGAAUCUUGCAGUCUCGAGGCCCAUUUAAAGAAAGGUCUAUGUAAACUCGAUGUAUAUGUUUUUUGUUAUCAAGUUAUACUAGUGCGGAAACGACCGCUGUCGACUCCUGUGACAGGCAAACCAAACGGGUCAAUUUCUUGGCUUUGUCACUCAGUCGCUUAUCAAAAGGAACAUCUAUUAAUAUGUCAAGCAGCCAAUCACAGUGCGGUAUCUAAAUUGCGGUCAUUAGUUGCUAAUUUCAACAUAACACAGUUGUUUCACUUUGUACGGCUGGUACGAGGUAUAUAACACCGUACAUACCCUGACAGGGACAGAUAGCCACACAAUCUGUAGCGAAAACAGCGGCGAAGGAAUCCGUCCAUCUUGAAGUAGCGAAGACAUCGUUAAAUAUGCAACACUGCGACUGGAAUAGGAGUCUCAAUGUCUUUCCGCCGUAUAACUCUUCGUCGUUUUAUAUUGAUGAUAUUCUGAGCUCUGGAUCACAACGACCUCAAGCUUCCAUCUGCACUUCAACAAUGUGCGAGGUGCCUAAACCGCCUUGCCUAUCACCAGCCUUUCAUCUACCUCCACCGCGAACCUACAAUAAUCUGAGCAGCCCAUUCACGCCUUAUCAUUCCCCGAGGGGCUUCGGUUUCCAUGCGCCGAGUAUACCCAGUGUUUAUGAAGCUUACAACGAUCACAGUGCCUGGAAUCUGUUUUUACCCAAGCCGCAGAAGAAGAAAGGUGGCCAGGUUCGGUUCUCUAACGAGCAAACUAUGGAGCUGGAGAAGAUUUUUGAGAAUCAGAAGUAUCUGUCGCCGCCGGAGCGCAAGCAACUGUCCAAGGUUCUUGGGUUAACAGAGCGACAAGUUAAGACCUGGUUUCAAAACCGCAGAGCGAAAUGGAGGCGCUUUAAACAGGAAUCUCAAGGCGAGAAAUCGGAAAGAUUAGAAAAUGAAGAAGCAAAGGCGAUAGAAAAAGCUUCUUCGUAAGUUCGUCCUGCGCUAGAACUCUCAUACGCACCGCAUUGACCGGCUCAACAAUUGUGAACUGUCGCAGUGCGAAAUAUGGCAGACACAACGUUCGGUUCAGUUCGGAACAUUAACACGGAAUGUUUUGGAAUUAAGACAUUUAAGAUUAAGAAGUUGCCAAAUGCUGGUUUUACAGCGUUUAAAACUCAAGACUUUGUAUAAAAUCGUGCGUAAAGCAAAACGUUGAGAAUUUAACUCGCGCUGGCCGUUGAGAGUGAGGUUCAUGUUAUUGCAGAGUCUACAUCAGUCACAGACUUGUGGAAAGUUUGCGGUUCGCAAAGCCGACUGGCACAAAGGCCUGUUCUUUAGUCGCACAACUAUUUCAUUUGAAUAGAGGAGACGUUUGCUGGUAGGCUAAAGAAAAGAGUUGAUUUUAAAGCCGGUUGUUAAAUGUAAUCAGCAACGCAAGUAUUGUAAACUCGUAUGCUAAGUCAUAAGUGUUAGUGAAUUAUACGUUAAAGCAAAAUUAAUUGCCGAGUUUAAACAAAACUGUUCCCAAGUAAAGACUAGAGAGCCAUACGCGGUACAUGUCUUGUAUAUAAUAAAAAUUCCUCAGAAAUUUCAGUUGUGAUUCCCUAUUUUCAACGUGGUUACUUUGUGAGAAGAAGCUAAGAGUGUACAGGAUAGCAAAUAGUAAAUUGAACACUGUGUAAUAGCUUUGAUUUCCAAUUAGUCAUUUUUACUGAGAAUAAACUUACUCAAACGACA